CCGAGCCGCCCGUGGACCCGGUGUGAUGAGGCCGAGACUCUGCAGCUCUGUGUCCGGACGUAUGGAGCCUCCAGGCGGCCUGAGGCGGAGCAUCGUCCCGCUGCUGGUUCUACUUCUCUGCUGCUGUGGAGCCGCUGAACACAGGGUGUGUCACUGCAGUGGGAAGUCGUUGUGUCACUGUGACGGGGUCAAAGGUCAAAAGGGUGAAGCUGGUAACCUUGGAGAACUUGGACUUCCUGGAAUGAUUGGUUACCCUGGAAACGAGGGUCACCAGGGGUCAUCAGGAGAGAAGGGUGAGCUGGGAGCAGCAGGAAGUCCAGGACUGAAAGGCUCACGGGGUCUUCCAGGGAAACCAGGUUUUCCAGGACCUCCUGGGCUGCCGGGACUUCCUGGACAUGACGGAUCAAUUGGCCAACCAGGUUUCCCAGGAUGCAAUGGGACAAAGGGGGACGUUGGGUACAGAGGACUCCCUGGAGUUCCAGGAGCUGUUGGCUUUCAAGGUCGACCAGGACAGCGAGGCACAAAGGGCGACUCGUUCGUCCACCCCGUCCAUCAAGAUAUUAAGGGAACAAUGGGUCAACAAGGACCAAAGGGUGAAAAGGGGCUUCGGGGAAAUCUUGGUCAACUUGGACUUCCAGGACCACCAGGACCUGCUGGACGUCCUGGCAUUCCAGGGUUGCCUGGGUUACUAGGAGAAAAGGGUCAGGAGGGUCCUAGUCCAGUGAUCCCAGGUUCCCAAGGACAAAAGGGUGAUCGUGGACCUCCUGGGAUUCCUGGACAGAAAGGAAUCAAACUGUACGCUGAGGGACCCAAAGAGCUGAAGGGAGAACCAGGUGAAGUCGGAGAGAAAGGCUGUUGUGGACUUUAUGGUGAACCUGGGAAAGAAGGGGUGAAGGGAGAGAAGGGUGAGCAAGGUGACCCAGGCUCACUGGGUAAACCGGGAAAAGAUGGACUCUUCGGAAAACUCGGAGAUCCGGGAGACUCGGGGGAUCCAGGGUUCUUCGGUCCUCCAGGUAUUAAAGGAGCCAAGGGGGAGACAGGUGAUCGUGGACUUCCAGGUCUUCCAGGAGAGAUGGUUUGGAAUCACAUAUUCCUGAAGGGUCAGCCUGGUGUCUCAGGGACCCAAGGACCCCCUGGAGCCCCUGGAGAAAGAGGAAUCAUUGGUUUUCCUGGACUGAAGGGGAAGUCAGGUGUGGCUCCUACUGGGCCUCUGGGCCCCCAGGGGCCACCUGGUUUGACUGGACCAAAAGGAGAACCAGGAGAGCCGGGACCCCUCUUCAUUGGGCCCCCAGGAGAGACUGGAGUCCCAGGAGUCCCAGGAGCUGAAGGAGAACCAGGAGAACCAGGAAAACCAGAUUUCCUGCCGGGAGACGUCGGUCCUCCAGGAGCUAGAGGCGUGAAAGGCCUAGUGGGACUUCCUGGGACCAGAGGGGAGGAGGGACAGAUGGGUGAGAAGGGAGAGACAUGCUCCGUCUGUCCUGUUGCUUUCGGAUCCCCCGGGCCCCCAGGUAGACCAGGAGAGCCAGGUGAACCUGGGGUGACAGGUGUGAAUGGUUUUCCAGGACCUGAAGGUGACAAAGGGGUCAAAGGAGUUCGAGGACCACCUGGUCCACAGGGACCCUUUGGUUUUCCCGGCUUCCCGGGGUCCCCAGGACCUGUUGGUGAGCCAGGGAUCAUGCACAGGGUGGGGGAGAAUGGGGAGGAAGGGGCCCCUGGGGGCUCAGGACCAUCAGGUCUUGAGGGGACAUAUGGAACUGACGGAGUCCCUGGACCGAAAGGUGUUGUGGGACAGAAAGGAAACCCUGGGCCUCUGGGUCAGAAAGGUGACAGGGGCCCACUCGGGGAGACCGGCUCCAGAGGAAUUAUAGGGCAGAGAGGACCUCCAGGACCUCCUGGUAUCGGCAUUCCAGGACCUCCAGGACCUAAAGGCCAUGUGGGAGUUUUGGGACAGCGAGGGAUUCCUGGAAGACAAGGUGAAAAAGGUUCUCCAGGUGAAACCAAGACUUCUCCAGGUGAUCCAGGAAAGAAAGGAGAGAAAGGGUUAUCAGGAAAUCCAGGACCUGAAGGUGUGACGGGACCUCCAGGUGAUCCUGGAUCUGCUGGUCCAAAGGGAGAAAAAGGAGAGAAAGGGUUUUCUGUGCAGGGGCCCCCAGGGUUCCCAGGAGUGAAAGGCGUGAAGGGCCCUCCAGGUGCCCCAGGUUUAUCGAGUUUUGGAAUCAAGGGACGAGCGGGGCCAUCUGGUCCACCUGGGAUGCCAGGGCCAAAGGGGGACAGAGCUAUCGGUUUCCCAGGACAGCAGGGUCAGCCAGGCCCUCAGGGAGAAGAUGGCUCCGUGGGUUCCCAAGGAGAACCCGGACUCCAAGGAGUCGAUGGAGUUCCAGGACCUCCGGGACAAGAUGGACUACCAGGGCCCAAUGGUUGUAGUGGUCUGAAUGGUGUACCUGGUCCUGUUGGCUUUGUUGGACUAUGUUUAGAGGGGGCUCCUGGACCUGAGGGACAGGAAGGACAGAUGGGUGUCAUUGGAUUUACAGGGGCCCGAGGCACAAAAGGGGUACAGGGUGACCCUGGGCUGCCAGGUGUGGGAUCCCUGGGGCCUCAGGGGGAAUACGGGACUCCAGGGUUUGAUGGACCUCAAGGGCCAGUCGGAGGUAUCGGACUGAAGGGCCUGAGAGGGACCAACGGGGAGCCAGGAGGCCCAGGUAUCAGAGGGGACAUGGGUCCUCCAGGACUUCUUGGGCCUCCAGGGGAUGAUGGGAAACCAGGAGAGACGGGGCGACCAGGACCAAAAGGUCAGAUGGGAUUAGAUGGGGUCAGGGGUUCUCAGGGGCCUCAAGGGCCUCAAGGGGACAGAGGGGAGACCGGACCUAAAGGACUCCAAACUUCUGUUGAGACACAUGGAGACCUGGGAGAUGCUGGAGAACCAGGGCCCAUAGGUUUCACUGGUACUAAAGGAGAGAGGGGCCUCCCUGGACCUCAGGGCCCGGACGGCAGCAAUGGUGCACCUGGAGACAUUGGACCACAAGGACUUCCUGGAGACCCUGGCAGAGAUGGACAGAUGGUUCCUCCUGGUCCCAGUGGUCUCCCUGGUAACCCAGGGGAGAUGGGGAGGCCAGGUUUUAAAGGUGAGAAAGGUUCUACAGGCCCUUGUGGAGAACCUGGCUCAGAUGGAAAACCAGGAUCAGGAGGUCCUGAAGGUGCUAAAGGAGAACCAAGUCCACCUGGACCUGGAUCUAAAGGAUGUCCAGGAGAGAAGGGGAUUCCAGGGUGUCCAGGACUUUUAGGUACAAAGGGGACACCAGGAGACUCUGGGAACUCUGGUCUUCCAGGAGUAUGUGGCCCCUGUGGCCCUAAAGGAGACUCUGGGCCCCCAGGAUGCAGAGGUCCUCCUGGAUCUCUUGGUGAGAAGGGUAAUGAUGGUUCUUCAGGGACAACUGGACCUCCAGGACCCAGCGGUCUCCCAGGUAACAAGGGGGCUCCUGGAGAUCCUGGUCCAGCUGGUCCCAGAGGAAACCAGGGACAAGAUGGGAUACCUGGGCCUCCAGGAGAGAAAGGAGCCAUGGGAGCUCCUGGAUUUGGACCCCGUGGCCCAGAAGGAGAGAAAGGUCCACCUGGCUCUUAUGGUGAGAAGGGCCUUCCAGGUCCGUGUGGCCCUCCUGGUUCCAGUGGUCCUGGGGGAAAUCCAGGUUGCCCUGGUCCCCCUGGACUCCCUGGUCCUCCUGGCUAUCCUGGACAGGAGGGUAUCUGCACUGCAGGACUAAAAGGAGAAGAGGGAGUCUCUGGAGCACAAGGGCCAAAUGGUCCUCCCGGCUGUCAGGGUCCUCCAGGUCCUCCAGGUCCUGGUAAUAAAGGAGAGAAGGGAGCUAAAGGAGCAACAGGUGACCCAGGAUUACCUGGUUAUCCUGGCGACCCUGGUCCAAGAGGAAAGCCGGGUGAAGACGGACCCCUGGGUUUACCUGGACAGAAAGGCGAGACCGGAGAAACUGGUAUCAAAGGACCUGUGGGUUUAAAGGGAGAUGAGGGACCACAAGGUAACGCUGGCUCAAAAGGACCCCCAGGACCACCUGGGAGGAGAGGAACAAGGGGGAAGGAUGCAUCCAGGGAGGUGAACCUGAUUCUAGGAGACGAAGGCUCUACUGGGGAUCAGGGCCCCCCGGGGCAAAACGGACCCCCAGGAGCCCGUGGGAGACAUGGAAUCCCAGGUGUGAAGGGUACUAAAGGGAAGGAGGGUAACCAAGGAUCGCGAGGUCGUCCUGGACUGAAAGGGGAUCAGGGAGGCCGAGGAUUCCCUGGACUAAAAGGUAUUGCAGGUCCACGAGGUCCAGUCGGUGCUAAAGGUAGUCCAGGUCCGCUGGGUCCCUGUGGGGAGGCGCCAGAGAGGGACGGCUUCCUGUUCACCAGACACAGCCAAAACCUUUUCGUCCCAUCAUGCCCUGCAGGGUCCAGUGAGGUGUACAGUGGAUACUCGCUGCUGUUCAUCAAUGGAAACAACCGGGCUCACGGACAAGACCUGGGUACGUUAGGCAGUUGUCUCCCUCUCUUCACCACCAUGCCCUUCUUGUUCUGUAACACUGACAGCACCUGUCGCUACGCCUCACGCAACGACUACUCCUAUUGGCUCUCCACUAAUGAAACUCUGCCAGGAAGUGUCCCAUUUAUAUCUGGGCAACUUCUGGAAAGUUACAUCAGCCGGUGUACUGUAUGUGAGGCCCAAGCUAACGUGAUCGCCAUCCACAGUCAGACCACUUUGGUUCCGGACUGUCCCUCUGGGUGGGAUCAUCUCUGGUUUGGAUUCUCCUUCGUGAUGGAAACAGGUGUGGGGGCGGAGGGGUCGGGUCAGCCUCUGGCUUCGCCUGGAUCCUGUCUGGAAAACUUCAGGAAGAUUCCCUUCAUCGAGUGUCACGGCAGAGGAACCUGCAACUACUACACAGACUCCUACAGCUACUGGCUGGCUGCUCUCAACCCCAGAGACAUGUUCAGAUUCUGCUCUGAACGACCUCUGGAGGUGCAGUACCGCCUUCUGCCACAGGAGGACAGGCAUGAGGCACAACAGGAGCAGAUCAGCUGUGCUGCACUUCCUCUAACAGCCACCUGGUGA